AUGCAAUCACCAUGUAUAAACGCCUGCAAAACCCUCAGUAGUCUCUUACUAUCACACAGCCAGCAACAAUUCCCUCUCUCUUUUUGUACUCGUAGGCGCAAUUCCUAUCCCUUUGUUUCUUGCAAUUUCGACAAGAGAAAUAACAAUCGGAGUCCCAGUGUCAGUAAAAAUAGUGGGAAAUUCAAGUUUAACGAUACUAAUAGAGAGAGAGCGAAAGUCAAGGGCAAAGAUAAUGUUUGGAGCAUUGACGACGAAAUAGCGAAAGCAGAUAGAGAGAAGGAGAAAUUGAGGAGGAAAAAGAGAGAAGGGAGGAGAGUGAAGAAUUUCAAUAGGAAAGGUGAUAGAGUCAUGGUGUCUGGUUCUAUGUUAAUGGAGGUCGAAACGGUUUUGCAGACUCAGGAACCAGUUAUUCGACCUGCAUGGAAUACAUUUACAAGUAGUGUCAGUGGUAUAUGGAAGGGAGUUGGAGCUGUAUUUUCUCCAAUCACUGCAGAAAUGGAGCCAAUUGAGAUAGGGAGAAAGGAUGAGAACCUAUUUGACUGCUAUACCCUUUCCUAUAUCAAGGCAACAGCAACUUCUUCUGGGGCUCAGAAAUCUCAAAUACAAAGAAAAAUAAAUUGGAUUACAUUGAAUCCUUAUGGCGAAGCUCUACUUAAUGGAAGCAGUAAUGGAAGUCAAGAGAAGUCCAUAGACCAAUCCAUGACGGGAACAUCCCAUAAAAACUUAGCAGGUCACUCUCUGCCAAAACUUGAGUCCUUUGACCUUUCCAGGAGUGAUGUGAUGGAAGAAGAUGUCAUGGGAAAGGAACCUGGCCUUGUCUUCUUCGAGGAUGGAUCUUAUUCAAGAGGCCCAGUUGAUAUUCCUGUGGGAGAAAUUGAUGAAUCUAAAUAUUACCUUUCCCCAACUUUCAAGUUUGAACAAUGCUUGGUUAAAGGGUGCCACAAAAGACUGCGAGUGGUGCAUACUGUAGAGUUCAGUAAUGGGGGUUCAGAUAUCCAAAUUAUGAGGGUUGCAAUUUAUGAAGAACAAUGGGUUGGUCCAGCCAAUAUCUCUGACAACAGUGACCUCGAGGCAGACUUGAGGCCAUUUUCUCAGAGAAAAAGAGUUCAACCAUCAGAGCUGACAGGCUCCUGGAAGGUUUUCGAGAUGAGUGCAACCCCUAUCUAUGGUGAAGAAGAGAUUGCAGCCGAGGAAAGUAAUGGCACACCGUACGUGUAUCUCUGCACUGAGAAUCUAAAAAAAAGAAGCUUGCCGGAAAAUCCAGUUUACUUUCGAGAGGAAGAGAUGCUGGACAUGCAAGAUGUUACUGUCAUGUGGCUGCCUGGAGGCGUUACUUCCUAUGUUGACGUGAAUAAGGAUGGAAUCCUUUGUAUUGGUGUUGGAUGGUAUUCGGACGAGGGAAUCAACCUUGUUAUGGAAAGGGACUAUGGAUUAGAUGGGAAACUGAAGGAGGUUCGAUGGAAAUCUGAAAUGAAGAGAAGAUGGACUAAUCCACCUCCCAUGUAA